GGACCUGUCGGUGAACCUCUUCUCGAACCGCCUCGACAACUUCCUCGCGCCCUUCAUUCCCAUCAAGUCCCUCAACUCCCUGCCUCUCUCACCUGAACCCUCUCUCAUUUCCUACGCACCUUCAUGCCUCACAAUGCUGGCUCGCGUUAACUCCUUUCUCGUCUCCCCCUCUCCUUUCUGCACCAACCGCUGUCCACUGCUGUCAACCGCUGUCCACCGCUGGGGCGUGGGAUGCAGGCGCCUGAACCUGAACUACCUGACGGGCAGCCUGCCGGCAGCCCUGCCAGCAAGUCUCAAGGUGAUCGACCUGUCGAGCAACUACCUGGUCGGCACCUUCCCCACCACGCCCGCCACCUCAGUCACCUGCGCCAGCAACUGCCUGCAGGAUGCCUCCAAGUGCCCCGCUGGCUCUGCUCAGCGCGCUGCAACCGCCUGUGCCAUCUGCGAGACGCCCGACGCUACCGGCAGGAUGUGCGGCGGCGGCAUCUGCACUCCCAACGCCACGGCGCUCGUGGCGGCGAACACCAACAACGCGGACACGGCCUCGCUCUACUGCCUGGGCGCGUCCAUGGACCCCCUCAUGGCGGCGGCGCUGCUGAACAUGAGGGCAUCGCUGGGGGUGACGUUCACGGACUGGGCGCUGGACUCGCCGUGCACCAUCCAGGGGCUGCCGCCGCUGCCAGGCGCCUGGUCCAACGUCGUCUGCAACGUCUCCGGCAAAGUCAUCUCGCUCAAUCUGGGGCAGCAGAGGCUCCAAGGGACCAUGCAUUCGGACAUCUCCAAGCUCACUGCCCUCACCUACAUCAAUCUGCGCGCCAACCUGCUGGAGGGCCGUCUCGACGUCUUCACCACCAACUUCAAGGCGCUCACAGGGCUCAAGGAAGCCUACUUUGACUUCAACUGGUUCACAGGCCCCAUCCCUUCAGCACUCGUCGGCAUUGCCACACUCUCCACCUUUGGUGCGAGCUACAACUACCUGUACGGCGCCAUGCCCACUCCAGGCGCGGCGCUCAAGACCAUAGUGCUGGACGGCAACUGGCUGUCGGGCACCUUCCCCGGCACCGGCUUCUCCUCCUGCUCCGCCAACAGCAACUGCCUCGCCAGCAUCGGCGCCUGCACCACGGGAGGCACCGUGCAACGCGUGGCUGCUGCCUGUGCUGUCUGUGACACGCUGGACGGCUCGGGCACAGUGUGCGGCGGCGGCACGUGUGCGCCCAACACAGCUGUGCCUCUCAGCACCAGCGUUCCCAACAGCGCAGCGGCAGCGGUGCUGCCGCGGUUUUGUGUGGGCGUGGCGCUGGAGACCACUGAAGACCACUCUGGGCGCCACCUUCUCGGAUUGGACCACCGCCACGCUCGCCGCCCCCAAGGCCACCUCGCCCAAGCCCAAGACGGGCAAGAAGCCCAAGACGGGGCCCAAGCGCCGUUCCCUGCAAGCGAGGGGGUCAGGGCUGCUGUACGACUGGAAGGCGGUGGGGUCGUGUACCCUCGAAGGCCAGACGCCCAUCGCCGGCUCGUGGACCGGCGUGCGCUGCUCACCACUCGGCCAAAUCGUCAGCCUGUGAGUGCCGCCGCUCCUGGUGCUCCUCCUUCCACCACCACGCCACCGUGCCUAUACGCUGCGGCUGCUUCUCUUGGGCGACUCUCACUCACCUCUCUCCCCUGCCCCUGUGUGCCCCUGCUGCUGCUGCAUGUGCCCCUGGUGCUGCCUGGGAUCCGGUACCUCACGUCCAACCUCUUCUUCCACCGCCUCGGCACCUACAUCGUGCCCGUCACACCCAUCGCCAGCCUCAAGGAGCUCCACAUCAACUUCAACUGGUUCUACGGCACCGUCCCCACCACGCUCGUCAACAUGGCUGCCGUCUCCUUCCUCAUGAUCGGCAACAACUACCUCACGGGCACGCUGCCCAAUCCAGCAGCGGCGGUGAAGGCGCUGGACACGGAGUUCAACUUCCUCUCGGGCACCUUCCCCGCCGCCACGCUCCUGCACUGCGCCUCACGCCAAAACUGCUUCCUUGACACUGCCUCCUGCUUCAACGUUGCCGGUGCUGCCCAGAGGGGCGCCGGGUGCAACGUGUGUGGGUCGAGCAACGGGCAGUUGCCGCUGUGUGGCGGGGCAGUGUGCAUGCCUGACCCCUCGGCGUAUGUGACGUCCAAAGUGCCCAACAGCGCCACUGCUCCCACCCUCGCCCUCAAGUGCCCCGCCCUGCCCCUCGACGCCGCCUCCUCGGCGGCGUUGCUCAACAUAGGGGCGGCGCUGGGAGUGACGUACACGGACUGGAGUGCCAGCAGCGGUUGCAACAUCAUCGGGCAGACCAUCGCCCCCAAGUCCUGGCCGGGUGUCUGGUGCAGUGGCAGCGGCGCCGUUGUUUCCCUCAUUCUGGACAACAUGAAGCUGCAAGGCACAAUCCAUGCAGACAUGACCAAACUCACUGGUCUCUCCUACCUGCAUCUGGGCUACAAUCUGCUGUAUGGCCGCCUCUCCACCUUCAUCACCAACAUCACGCCGCUCAAAACCAUCGUCACCCUCAACCUCAACUUCAACUACCUCUAUGACAGCGUGCCCUCCACUCUGCUCAACAUGGCAUCGCUCACAGAAAUGCGGCUGAGUGCCAACUACCUGACGGGCACGCUGCCAGCGGUGCCCACCAAGCUCAAGUACCUGGCCGUCAACCACAACUUCCUCGCCGGCGCCUUCCCCUUGCAAGCCUUCCAGUUCUGUGACAUCCGCAGCAACUGCUUCUCCGGCCUUGGCACUUGCACCAAUGCCUACGGCGUGGCUCAGCGCACCUCAGGCUGCAACAUCUGCGCCACCACCAGCGCCGCCCCGCCCCUGUGCGGCGGUGCUCCCUGCAUUCUCAACGCCACGACUCCCCUGGCGGCUGGCACGGUCAACAGCCUCACGGCGCCCGUUCAGCCCUUCUACUGCGGCCCCUCCCCCAUCGACGCCACUGCUGCGCAAGCGCUGCUGGUGCUGAGGGCGGCGCUGGGAGUGACGCAGACGAGCUGGCUGGUGGACUCGCCGUGCGACGUGGCGGGCAACCCCCCCAUGCCCGGCAGCUGGGCGGGCGUCGGUUGCGACACCACCGGCCAAGUUCUCACCCUGGAUCUGGCCAGCCAGGGUCUGCGGGGGAGUCUGCCUGCAGACGUCUCAAAGCUGACUGCUAUCACGAGGAUCAACCUGGCGUCCAACCUGCUGGAGGGGCGCCUGGGCGAGUGGGGCACGGCGCUCUCCAUGCUCAAGGCGCUCAAGCACCUCGCUCUCAACUACAACUGGUUCUCCGGCACUCUGCCUUCCUAUCUGCUCACUCUCUCCUCCCUCACAACCCUCACCCCACUCUCACCCAGCACCCCACUCUCACCCAGCACCCCACUCUCCACUCACCUUUCGCUCUUUUUCUCCGCUCCGCCCUCCACCACCCUUCACCACCGUGCCGCCUGGCUCCCCACCUACAGCAAUCUGCAGUUCAACUAUCUCACUGGCACCAUCACCGGUGCCCCAGCAGCGGCCCUCAAGACGCUCAACGUGGCGUCCAACUACCUCGUGGGCUCCUUCCCAGCGUCCGCCACCACCAUGUGUGACGCGCGCAACAACUGCCUGCUCGACGCCUCCAAGUGUGUCUCCUCGGGCUCCUCCGUGCAGCGUGCUGCAGCCGCCUGCGCCAUCUGCGGCUACGCCAACGCGUCCACGCUGCUGUGCGGGGGCGGAGUGUGCGUGCCCAACACCGCCACGCCGCUCGCCUCCAAGACGCCCAACAGUGCAUCUGCUGCCGUGCUGCCACUCAUGUGCACUGGCGUCCGCAUCGACCCCGCUGCCCGUGCGUCCCUCUGCCCUCUCGCAAUGCCUAUUCCACUGCUCGCAAUAACGCUCCCCGCCCCACGUGCCAUGCGCACUGCUGUUUCGGCAAUCCACUCUCCCUUGCCCAUUCCCCGGAUCCACGCCCAUCCCCCCUAUACACCCCCCUUCCUCCCACCUGGGUGUGCCACCCUCCCCGCAGUGCCGAUCCUGGCGAACAUGAAGACGGCGCUGGGAGUGCCGCACCCGGGGUGGGGCACGCAGACGAUGUGCACGGUGACGGGCAUCACCAAGGGCCCCGAGGACAUGCCCGCCGUCUACUGCAACGCGCAGGGCGGCGUGGUGGACCUCUUCCUCAAGCAGCGCGGCAUGCGCGGCACCAUGCACCCCGACAUCUCCAAGCUCUCCGCGCUCACCGCCCUGGACGUGUCAAGCAACUUCCUGUCGGGCCCGCUGGACCCUUUCAUCUCGCCGCUCACCAGCUUCACCGCCCUCAGAUCCAUUGUCAUGAACUACAACUUCUUCUCGGGCUCCAUCCCCUCCACCGUCUCCGCCAUCAAGAACCUCUACACGCUGAGCGUGGGCUGGAACUACCUGACAGGCGUGCUGCCGGCGGUGGGGACGGCACUCAGGGUGCUGGACAUCGAGAACAACUGGCUGCGCGGCACCUUCCCCACGGUGGCGUGGGUGGGUUGCACGGCGAGGCAGAACUGCCUCACGGACCCCACGCAGUGCAAGGUCAACAACGGCCAGGGCGUCACCCAGCGCUCCUCCUGCGCCAUCUGCAACAGCGCCGAUGGCUCUGGCACGCUGUGUGCCGGCGGGACCACCUGCCAGCCCGACCCUGCCGCUGUGAAGGCAGCCACUGCAAUUCCCACCCCCUCCACGACCGUGCUCGCCCUCACCUGCCCCCCUGCCCCGCCUGUCACUACCAACGCGGCCGCAGCGUCGGCGCUGAUGAACAUCAAGACGGCGCUGGGAGUGACGUACACCAAUUGGGACCCCGCAUCCUCCUGCACUGCUGUCGGCAGCUCGGGCGGCGGCGGCUUCACCGGCGUCGAGUGCGACUCUCUGGGCAACCCCGUCAAGAUUCGGUCUCCCCUCCUUCUUCCCACCACGGCUCACUUCCCCUUCGCUCCCACGUCUUCCCUUCCACUUUCUUGCCCGACCCCGCUGCCUUCCCACAGCACCUUGGACAGUCAGAAGCUGUUUGGCAUUCUGCAUGCUGACAUCACCAAGCUCACGGCACUCACAUUCAUCUCGCUCAAGUCGAACCUCUUCAGGGCGCGGCUGGAGGAGUUUGGCAGCAAGAUUCCGUCGCUGCCCAACCUCGCAGUGCUCCUGCUCGACUUCAACUGGUUCUUCGGCAGUCUUCCUCCGGCGCUCGUCGCCAUGCCCAAGCUCACACGCCUGUCAGUUCCGCUCCCCACGCCGUGCCACCUCCCCCUUGCCAUGCACUCGCCUGCUCCGGGCCUGUCCUACAACUACCUGACGUACCGCGUGCCGCCACUGGCGGCGGGGCUCAAGGAAAUCGACGUGGGCUCCAACUUCCUCUCGGGCUCCUUCCCGGCCAACACUGCCACCUCAUGUGGUGCCAACAACAACUGCUUCCUAGCCGCCACCACGUGCGCCACCAAGGGCACGGCGCAGCGCAGCGCAGGCUGCAACUUCUGCGAGGCCAGCAACGGGCAGGGCAUGCUGUGCUACGCCCGCGGCGUCUGCACCGUCAAUGCCUCCGCGCCCUUUGCUGCUGGCACGCCCAACGCUGUUGGCGCCGCCACGCUGCCCUUCACUUGCGUCACCACCGUGUGUGGCUCUGCCUCGCCCGUCAUGUGUCCCAACGACUGGCGCAGCACGGGUCUGCAAUGCGUCAUGAACUUUGUCAACUGCUUCGGCUACCUCUGCAUCUAG